AUGCCUUCAUCUUUUUCAAAAACCAAAUUGCCCUAUGCUGCCGCAGGUGCUGGUGCUCUCGUCGCUACGUAUGCAGGCGUGCGUGCAUACAAAUCACGUCUUCAAGAUAAAUACGAUGAUGGCAUCGACUUGAACAAUCAGUCAGUUGAGAUCGAUCCUGUCGAACACAUUCGACGUUGUACAUACUACAAAGACAUCGACAUCUAUUCAUAUUAUAAAACAAUUUACUCUAAUGUGCAAACGUUAGGUGACAUUCUUUACAGUGGAUACUCUUCUUCAAAGAAUGGACCAUGUGUAACAAAUGUUGAUCUGUCGAACAAAACCUCCUCAUUGCAGUGGCUAUCUUAUUCGAUGGUAUUGGAAAAAACUCGGUAUAUUGGCUCACAUCUAUGGACUGAUGUUCAAUUAGUUCCUACACAAUCCAAAGUUGCUAUUAUAUCUUUGAAUCGUUCGGAAUAUUCAUUUGUUGAACAUGCUUGCUACAUGUACGGAUUCAUCAUCGUUGCUUUAUAUACGAGUUACGAUGCAACAACAGUUCUGUCUAUAUUGGAUCGAACUGAUGCUGAAGUUCUUGUCGUGGAUGAUAUACAACGUAUCGAACCGUAUAAAAGUCAACUAUUACAAAAUUCACGUAUCAAGGAGAUUCUAGUCAUGGACGACGUAGCGAAUAAUGAACAUGAAAAAAUUAAAACUAUUCCAAGAGUUUUAAAAUCUAUGCAACAAGCAGAUGUUCGUCCAUUGCCUAGAUUUGAACCAGAUCUGAUUGCCACACUUAUCCUCACUAGCGGAACAACAGGCGAACCGAAACUUGCCAUGUUGACACACACAAAUAUCUUAGCUACUGUCAAAGGUGUUCUCGAUCGACGACAACGCGGAAAUCUUAAUCCCACAUCUAAUCAUCGACAUUGUUCAUUUUUACCAUUAGCACAUCUAUACGAACGUAUCGUGUUAAUAAUUAAUUUUAUCCAAGGAUCGCAAGUUGCUUAUUGUCCAAUACCGGAAAGGCUUUUUGAAUAUUAUGCCAUUAUUAAACCGACAGGUUCUUCAACAGUGCCGAGAAUAUUGAAUAAAGUCUAUGACACAAUUAUGACGGAAGUAAAUAAGAGUAAAGUCAAGCGAUUUCUCAUUAAUCAAGCCUUGCAUAAUGACAAACCAUCGUUAUUUUCACGCUUGAUCUUCCGUAAAGUGCGGAAUCUGUUCGGUGGUGAACUAACAGUCAUGGUCACUGGCUCAGCACCUAUUACACAUGAUGUCUUACAUUUCUUCCGCAUAGCACUCGAUAUACCGAUCAUUGAAGCCUAUGGACAAACAGAAUCCACUGCAUCGGCAACAACAACGCAUGCCAUAGAUCGAUCAUGUGGAAUGGUUGGUUCGCCUGUUGCAGUUGUUGACAUUAAACUAAUUGACGUGCCUGGUACGAACUAUCGCAGUGAAAAUAAUCAAGGAGAAGUGUGCAUCCGAGGGCCGUGUGUCUUCAAAGGUUACUACGGAGAUGAGAAGAAAACCCGUGAAACUAUCGAUGAGGACGGCUGGCUUCACACGGGGGAUGUCGGUGAAUGGACACCCACUGGUGCGCUACGUAUUAUCGACCGAACAAAACACAUUUUUAAACUGAAUCAAGGUGAAUACAUUGCUCCUGAACGUCUUGAAGAUGUUUAUGUUCGUUCGCGAUGGGUUUCUCAAAUAUUCGUCGAUGGUAUAUCGACCGAAUCUACUAUUGUCGGUAUAGUCAUUCCCGAUGAAGAAUACGUUCGACAAAACUAUUCGAAUAAGAGCUCCAUUGAAGACUUAUGCAGAGAUGACAAAUUGAAAGAAAUCAUCUUCAAUGAUCUAAAACGCUUGGCCAAAGAGUAUAAAUUUAAGUAUUACGAAACACUUAGUAAUAUUCAUCUUCAUCCCGAAGCAUUUUCUCAAGAAAAUGGUUUGAUCACAUCUACGUUGAAAACGCGUCGAACAGCAGUUCGACAGUACUUUCGCAACACAAUUCAAUCACUUUACGAUCUGGGAGAUCAAACGGCAAAAACAAUUCUGCCUGAGUUGCAGUCAAAAUUAUAG